AUGGCAUUCCGCUCCGGCGAUGGGAAUGAGGGGCAGCGCCCUCCUACUCCCUCCAGGCCUGGUUCGCCAAUGAAGCCGCGAUUGAGACGAAUCAGCACGAGUCCGUCCAAACGAGACGACAAACCCAAGGAUGAGAAAGUCAUCAAGUCAUCUGCGAAGGACGUCGCAGAGCUCACAGACUUUCAACUAGGCGACUGUCUUGGAAAGGGAGCAUUUGGGUCUGUCUAUCGCGCAUUGAAUUGGAAUACUGGAGAGACCGUUGCUGUGAAGCAAAUCAAGCUUACGGACCUUCCGAAAAGCGAAUUGAGGGUUAUUAUGCUGGAAAUUGAUCUCCUGAAAAAUCUUGAUCACCCGAAUAUCGUCAAGUACCAUGGAUUCGUGAAGUCGAUAGAAACUCUGAAUAUCAUUCUCGAAUAUUGUGAAAAUGGAUCUCUUCACUCUAUUGCCAAGAAUUUCGGCCGUUUCCCUGAAAAUCUGGUGGGCUUGUACAUGUCACAGGUUCUCCAUGGGCUCUUGUAUCUGCAUGAACAAGGUGUCAUCCAUCGAGAUAUCAAAGGCGCCAAUAUCUUGACAACCAAAGAAGGCCUAGUCAAACUGGCUGACUUUGGUGUGGCUAGUAGAACGACUGGUCUCAGCGAGUCAAGUGUUGUUGGUACUCCAUAUUGGAUGGCCCCGGAAGUUAUUGAAUUAUCGGGAGCAACUACAGCCUCUGAUAUAUGGAGUCUGGGAUGCACAGUCAUUGAGUUAUUGGACGGCAAACCCCCGUAUCACAGCCUUCAACCCAUGCCAGCUCUGUUUCGCAUUGUGAAUGAUGACCAUCCUCCACUUCCACAGGGUGCAUCUCCUGCUGUCAAAGAUUUCUUGAUGCAAUGCUUCCAGAAAGACCCCAAUCUACGUGUCUCCGCCAGAAAAUUGCUCAGACAUCCCUGGAUUGUCAAUGCUCGCAGGUCAGAUUCUAUUGUGCCUAAGAAGUCGACAGAGUAUGAAGAGGCGGUAAAAAGUGUACAGGAGUGGAACGAAGCCUUGCGCUCGCCCGGCGAUGGUCCGUCGAGGAAGAGCAACAAGUUUGACCAAUCGCUUACCGGAGCCCGCAAUUCAUCGCUGGUGGACACAUUGUCGUCUCCUGUUUCUGCAAAAUCCGCUGACCGAUUUUUAUCUCCUGAGCCUGCCGAUGACAACUGGGAUGAUGAUUUUGCUACUGCUAUUUCUCCUAGUGCAUUGAAACUGCCCCACCUGCAGCCACAUGACAAUUUUGGCGGCAUGCUUUCUUCGGAACGGCUCAAAGCAUUUGCAUCGCUAGAUGGGACGGUGCUGAGACCGGAUGAUAGCUUCGAUGACUUUGACGAUAACUCACGAGACUCCCUCCUUCCGGAGAAUGAUCCUCUGCAGACUAUACGGCCAUAUGCAGCCAAGUCCUCGAUAUCUAACAUUUCUAAACAAACCCCAAUAAGGCGCCAGCCAAACAAGUCGUCGACUUCGCUUCUUGAAAAUGUUCCAAUACUAAAUCAAACUCCGGCACCGGCAAUUAGAAGGCGUCCUGCUAUGAUCUACAAAGAGAAUUCCAUUGAAGACUAUUCGGAUCUAAUUAUGGCCAACGAAGAUGUGCUCGACCGAAAGCUUGGCCUCAUCCAGGAGGACGAUUAUCCUACAUCCCCCACCAAUUAUCAAGGAUGGGGAGCAUUUGAUGACGACCGAAGCGGCCAACAUCCUCAAUUGCGCAAGCAGCUCUCUGUCAAGCGCGAUAGAUCCACUAUCACAAUGGAAAAAUUUGCCGAGAACGAGAAUGACGAGGACUUCUCAGAUAUCCUUGGAGACAACCAGGUGGCUCUAGAAAACCCAGAGAGUGAAGAUGGCUCAGACCGAAGCACGUUGAUGCUGAACACAAAAUUGUCCAACAACUCAUGGCUUGGGGAUCAAGACGAUGAUGAUGACCCCUUUGCUCAAUUGGAAGAGCAGUUCGACGAAAUGGACCUGGAAGCAAACAUUGCGCGUGACAAAUACGCACGUCUCCGAAACCAAGUCGAGGUUUUAGUCGGGUCUUUGAAAACCUCCCAGGAUGAAGAGGUCCUCGCAGAGAUCUCCGAGCAGCUCCUGAAUAUCUUUUAUGAUCUACCGGAGACUAAGAACAUCAUCAUCAGCGCCCACGGAAUGCUACCCAUUCUGGAAAUCUUGGAUACAUCACGUCGUCGGGACAUCGUCUACUGUUUGCUCCGAAUUGUCAAUGCGAUCAUAUACAAUGAUGAUGAGAUCCAAGAGAACCUGUGCUUCGUCGGAGGCAUCCCUAUUGUUAAUGAGUUUGCCUCGAAGAAGUACCCUCGCGAAAUUCGAUUGGAAGCCGCGGCGUUUGUGCAGCAGAUGUAUCAGACCUCGGUCCUCACGCUCCAGAUGUUCGUGAGUGCUGGUGGCCUGAACGUCCUGGUCGAGUUUUUGGAGGAUGACUAUGAAGAUGAGCGGGACCUAGUGCUAAUAGGCGUCAAUGGAAUAUGGAGCGUCUUUGAGUUGCAGGGCUCAACUCCAAAGAAUGAUUUUUGUAGAAUCUUGUCACGCAAUUCUGUUCUUGACCCUCUUUCACUCGUCCUGAGCAGAGUUUUGGACGAAGAAGGCGAGCUGGCAGAAAUCAUUGAAGGCCGCAUCGCCAACAUUUUCUUUAUAUUUUCUCAGGCCGAAAAUCACGUCAAGGAAAUGGUCGCGGAGCGGACAGUCUUACACAGAGUUCUGAAAGAAUUGAGACGGAUGUCGCCCACUCAUCAAGUGACAAUGCUCAAGUUCAUAAAGAACCUUUCCAUGCUUUCAACAACAUUAGAUUCCCUUCAAAAUUCCAAUGCCAUUGAUGUUCUGACUGAUCUUCUUCGCUCAACCAUGAAGCGAGGCCACUUCCGUGAAGUCUCAAAUCAAAUCCUCAACACAAUCUACAACAUGUGCCGUCUGAACAAGUCUCGACAGGAGGAUGCUGCGCUCAAUGGCAUUGUUCCAUUGCUUCAGAAGAUAGUCAAUACUGAGAGACCUCUGAAAGAAUUUGCUCUACCUAUCCUUUGUGACAUGGCGCAGUCCGGUAAGGUUGGCCGUCGAGAGUUAUGGCGCAACAAAGGACUCUCUUUUUACAUUUCUCUGCUCGCGGAUCCAUAUUGGCAGGUGACAGCCCUUGAUGCGAUUGUCACAUGGCUUCAAGAGGAAACUGCCAGAGUUGAAGAACAUCUUCUGGAGAAUCGUCUAGAGAAAACUUCUUUCACCGAUGCCAUUGUCCGAUGUUUGACUCUCUCGGGGGCGAACGCAUUCGAGAAUCUCCUCGAGCCCCUUCAGAAACUUCUUCGGCUGAGCCCUCCCUUGGCAUCAACCCUUGCUCGCCCGGAUCUCUUCCUGAGACUGGGACAAAAGCUUCACCAGAACAAGGCUGCAGUUCGAUUGAACCUACUGCGCAUCAUAUCAAGCAUAUGCGACUCGAGUGAGGAGCAAGGAGGGCUGCUUGCCACAUAUGGUCUACUCGAUGCAAUCCGGGAGCUGGAAAAUGACCCAGCUAUUCUGGUCAGGGAUAUGGCAGGCAAGCUAGUUCAGUCGAACGAGAGGUGCGAGUCUUUUGGUGCGAGCAAGCGCAGACCAGCGAGCCGAAGAUUAAGUACAUCCACCCCCCGCCCAACUUCUUUGCAAAUUCGACACCCUCAACCCCUUCCUCCAACCGGACAGGCCAGCCACGGGUAUUCCUGGAAGGUCGGGACACUCCACGUCACCCUCGGAAUGCCUUAA